UGUAGAGAACAAUUACAUAGCGAAAGGGAACGCAGCCCUAUUCGUUGCGUCAUAUUUCCGCGACAAAUACUUCCGGCUUGAGCAUGCUUGAAAUUAAACGGAUCCAGCGGGACUGUACGGAUUUCGGAAAAGUCUGGUGGCACUCCUAAAACUCAUCGGCGAUGGCUUGACAGGACGGAUGGUGAAUCUGCGAACAUGCAGCGCUUCAACACUCGUAGCGGACUGUGUCCGUGGAUUGAGAGUCUCAUCCAGAGUUACGGCAGUGAGGAGGAGAGCAGUAACGGUGGGCGGCUGAAGGCUUAUGUGACCUCUGUGGGUCAGAUGUCUCAGUCUCAGGCCUGCAACGCGGAAGGCCCCACAGGUCUACUCUUUCUAUCGGACGGCGUAAUGCAGAUCCCUGCCAUUCUCACCUCAUCAGCAUGGGAGCGUCUUCAGGAGCGGGAUGACAGGGAAUGUUUCAGUAGCCUGCUCAAUACCACAGUGUGCCUCAAAGACUACCAACUGCAGUUUCAUAUGGCUGUGGAAUUGACCAGAUGCAGGUUCUUCUUGUCAGUUGGAGACAUGUUAACCACUUCAGCUGGCUCAGCCAAAGACAAUACUCCCUGCUGUACCACUUUACCUGCUAUUCAGCAGAAAAUCUCGAAGACGUGGCGGAUGCUGACGGGCCAGGCUACGCAGGAAUCUCAAACCCACAUGUUUUUUGAUUUGUCAGAACUGCUGGGGGAGUGGCAGCAUGAAACCGUGCAAAAAGUGCUAGAAGAUGUGCGUGAAACACUGAUGACGGUAAGGAAUUUGCAGCCUUCUACGUCGACUGACGUCCCACAAGUGGACAUGUUUGCUCCCACCAGCUGGGACAUAGAAAGGGUUAGGUAUAAUGAAGCAAAAUGUCCCCUGAUUCCAGAAGGAGAGGCUAUCCUGGAGCAAACGUCAAAUGCAGAUUUUUUGAAAAUGGUUAAGGAUGGGCAAAUAAUUUUAUCUCUUUCAGAGAGCUCCCAAUCACCUGUUGAUACUGUAGACGGGCAAACAGCAAAAUCUCCAGAAAGAGAGCAAGAAAUCCAAAACUCUGGAUGUAACAUCACACAUCAAGAUGACACACAUGUAGAUUUCACGAAGCAGGACAUCAUACCUUUAAAUAAACCUUGGGAAAUGUUUCCUUUACCUAAUGGUUCCUCUUUCUUAGAUGGCUCCCAAGAAGCCUUCCCAUUAGAAUCUAUUCAGCCCAACCAAGAAAACUGUGGCGUGAACGUAACCAGUAACCAACUUCCCAUAACGAGCACACAACUUAAUGAUUUACAGCACAGCAAAGGGGACCACGGCUCUUUACCACCCUAUCAAAAAUUGCCACUCUCAUCUGACAGCAGCAACACACCAACACCAAAUGGUCCCACUGCUUCUCAAGACAAGCAUACUUCACUUGAGAAUGUGGACACGCCAGAGGGGACUGUCGGCAGAAAGGCAAAGAGAAAGAGGGAGUGCUUGCAAGAACCGCCAACUGAUGUUGCAGUGGAGGAAGAGGAGGCUCAAAUUAAUGGCAGCCCUCCCUCGUGGCUUUUUGAAUCUGAGAUGGGUUCUGGCACUAGUGAAGGCGAUGUUCAGACUUUGUGUGUAGAAACAAGAAAAGUUCCAACUGUUCACAUUGAUGGAAAGCCUUUCGAUUUCACUUAUAUGACUUUAGGACAAAAUCUUCAGGACUUUAGUCGAUUUAAAGUUUCAAAAUCUCUUCUGUCCUGGGCCAUUAAGUAUCUUGUUGCUCCAAAAACAGACAAAACAUCUUGUGACUGAAACUUACAGUUGCUCUUAGUGAAUUUUUUUUUUUAGUUUUUCCUGAUAACUCUUCUUGUGCAAAUAAAGUUCCGGAAAAGGUGAAUUAUUUU